GGCAUUCAUUGAAGAAGAAGACUGGCAGAACCUUCAACGACCAGUCAUGAUUUGUUGCGCAGGUACCUAUUGCCCAGACCGAAACCGCUAUAUCCUCUCCUCGAGGUUUGCCACGAGAUGUACACCAAGACGUCUAAUCCACCUGUCACAGAAUCCGAUGUAUUCACGCCAUCCUUGAUUUCAGAUACGUUCAAGGCUGCUGCGGAGUGGAAUGUUUAUUACAAGAUCUCUGUGUACGGCGGGACAGUACAUGGUUUUGCCUCACGGGCGGACCGCUCAGAUAGUGCACAGAUGCGAGCGUACAGAUCGAGCUUUGAGGACAGCUUGAUCUGGAUGAAGUUAGUAGAAGGGCCUCGAUGAUAAGGUAGUGACGCAGUAUCCGGAACAGUGGCUACUGAAAGUGGAGGGGCGGUGUAAGAGCACAAAUGAAGACAGGACAACAACAGGCACAUUUACUGAGUUGAAGCUUGUGUUAACUCUUCAACCUUUUUGCCCUACCAU